GAUUCAGGUGUUUUUAUUUAUACAACAUCAAAUCACAUCAAAUAUGCACUUAUCAAUGGAGAUCAUGGAAUUAUUCGUACACUUGAUUUACCUAUCUAUAUCACAAAAAUCAAAGGAAACAGUGUGUUCUGUUUGGAUCGUGAAGUUCGACCAAGAUUAUUAACUAUUGAUCCAACUGAAUUUAAAUUCAAAUUAGCUUUGAUUAAUCGCAAAUAUGAUGAAGUACUUCAUAUGGUUCGAACAGCAAAAUUAGUUGGUCAAAGUAUCAUUGCUUAUCUCCAAAAGAAGGGUUAUCCUGAAGUUGCACUUCACUUUGUCAAAGAUGAAAAAACACGAUUUGGAUUGGCACUUGAAUGUGGAAAUAUUGAUAUUGCAUUGGAAGCUGCUCGAGCUUUGGAUGAUAAACGUUGUUGGGAGAAAUUAGCUGAUAUUGCUUUGUUACAAGGAAAUCAUCAAGUUGUUGAAAUGGCUUAUCAACGAACGAAGAAUUUUGAUAAAUUAGCUUUUCUCUAUUUAAUCACGGGCAAUCUCGAAAAACUAAGAAAAAUGAUGAAAAUUGCUGAAGUACGAAAAGAUGUGAGUGGACAAUUUCAAAU